CCGGAACAAAAGCUGCUAGUUCUCUGCAACUCGGCCCAGCCGGCCCCGUGGCAAUAUUUCUCCCUGUUGGCUGGCCAGCCCCAGGCUAUCGCAGACAGAGUUUGUGGUCUGAGGUUAGCAUUUUCUGUAUAUCAGGAUAUAUGCCUUGUGUUGACUCAGGUAACUUUUGUCUCCAACAGGACUCUGAUUUCUGACACUCAUGUCUUUAAACAAGAUGAAGGAUUUGGAAAGUGAUGAAAAGGGGCGCAUAACCGUGGACUAUGUGAAAGGAAUUCUUCAACCUACGCCCACCUGUGAAGCCUGGGAUCAGAUCUGCAACUUCCAAGCCAAGCCUGAUGAUUUGCUUAUUGCUACCUAUCCGAAAGCAGGAACAACAUGGACUGAGGAGAUAGUGGACUUAAUACAAAAUAAAGGUGAUGCUGAGAAAAGUAAACGAGCACCUACUCAUAUACGAAUUCCUUUCAUCGAAUUGAUAAUACCAGGAAUGGAAUCUGGUUUGGAACAAGCUAAUGCAAUGCUCUCCCCACGGACUCUGAAAACUCAUCUUCCCAUUGACCUGGUGCCUCCGUCCUUCCUAGAGAAAAACUGUAAGAUAAUCUACGUAGCAAGAAACCCCAAGGAUAGUAUGGUAUCCUAUUACCAUUUCCAGAGGAUGAAUAAAGGACUUCCUGAUCCAGGAACUUGGGAAGAAUAUUUUGAGAGUUUUCUGGCUGGGAAAGUGUGCUGGGGUUCAUGGUAUGACCACGUGAAAGGAUGGUGGGAAGCCAAAGACCAAUACAGAAUUCUCUACCUCUUCUAUGAGGAUAUGAAGAAGAACCCAAAGCAUGAAAUUCAGAAGUUGGCAGAAUUUAUUGGAAAUAACCUAGAUGAUGAAGUUCUAGAUAAAAUUGUCUAUCACACUUCAUUUGAUGUAAUGAAGCUGAAUCCAAUGGCAAACUAUUCAUCGGUCCCUACUGAAUUCAUGGACCACUCCAUUUCUCCAUUCAUGAGAAAAGGGACAGUGGGAGACUGGAAGAACUACUUCACUGUGGCUCAGAAUGAAAGAUUUGAUGAAGACUACAAAAAAAAGAUGGCUAACACCAGUCUAACUUUCCACUUUCAGUUCUAGUAAAGAAGGAAAAAUGACUAAAUAUGUAUUUGAAAGUUUAUAACACAGAUCAAAUGAGAUUGGAUUCAGGUUCCAAUACUAGUUUUUUAUUGUCUUUCUCACUCUACUAAAAAAAAAAUUUUUUUUUUAAUUGAUAGAGGCAGCAGAUGCUGGGGGCAAAAUGGAGAAUGGAAGCAGGAGUGGUGAAGUGGAGGGAGAAAAGUUCAUUAUAUUACUAGUUAUAAUCGUAGUAUGAUUGCUGAUUAUCAUUAUAUUUAAGUUUCCUACAAAUCAUGUGCUUGUUAAUGUAUUUUUUUAAUGCUUCAGCUGUUACAUCAGACACACCAAGGUUUUCAGAUGAGGUGUUGGUCAAGCUAAGUUUUAAAUGCAGCACUAAAAUAUGUAGUGACUACAUCUUCCGGGAAUUUCUUGGUGCCCAAGUAACCUGCAAGUGACUCAGUUUCCCCAUGAAACCUUUCAAUCUCUCAUCACAGCCUACAUAUUUAACUAGACUCACUUUUCCGCUCCUCAGACACUCAAAGGGGGGACCCUGGAGUCACCUUUAGACUCACUUCUCUCUAAUGCCUUCAAAGUCAUAUUGUAAUCUGUCAGUUUUACCCGUCAGUCUCUUCUUUCCAUCCAACCACUGUUUUCCUUUAUUUCGAGAGCCAACCACCUGCUUAAGAAACGUUUUACCUCCUGCCUGAACUAAUGUAAGAGCUUCCUAACUCAUUUCCCAGUUCAUCACACUUUUGCCAAGCUUAUUUUCCUAAAUCAUGACUCUGAUUAUGUUGCCCUGUACCUUAAAAACCUUUAAUAAUUCUGAAUUUUCAUAGCCUGAGAGAUAAAUCCCAAACUUCUUAGCCGUGAAUUCAAAGGCAGUUAUAAAUAUAUGAUUCCAGCUUUCCUUUUCAGCUUGAUUCAUCUUCCAAACCAUCUCCCUGUUUCCGCAAAUCAGCCUCCUCGCUAGCUCUCAUCACAUCUUGCAGGACGCUGCCCUCCCAGGUUUCCUUACAUAAUGCCUCCACCUAAAACACUUCCCUUCCCUUUCUUUCUACCUACCCAAAACAUAUAACACGCUUUAACAGCCACUUCAAUUCCCUCCCAUUCUUUCUACAAAUACCACAACCCAAGAGAUUGUUUGCUCCUCUGAAGUCCUCUACACUUGAUAGAAUAGUUUUUUGUAAUUAAGAUUAAAGUAUAUAUUGACAUAUAUUUCUAUAUUGUACCUCUUGUGCUUAUUUAAAUUUUCAUUUGUUUAUUCUUCCCCAAGAUAGGGGCCUUGCUAUACUUCAUUGCACCCACACAGCAUAUAACAUACUAAAAAAUGAGAAAAUAUAUCAGUCAAGAAAAUUCUAAAAAGCUAAUUUUAUAUUCCAAGUAAAAUACUAACCAUAUGCUGUCAAGUUGAUUCUAACUGAUGGCAACCCCAUGUGUUGCAGAGUACAACUGCUCUCCAUAGGGUUUUCAUGCCUGUGGCCUUUAGGAAGCAGAUUGCCAGAUCUUUCUUCUAAGGCACCUCUGAGUGGGUUCGAACCACUCAUUUUUCAGUUAGCAGCCCAGCACUUGACCACCAGUACCAUCCGGAGACUACAUUGCAAGCAGACAGUCUCUAUAGCUAUCAUCUGUAGUGCUGUCUGAUAUGAUAGCUACUAGCCACCUGUGACUCCUUAAAUUUAAAUUAAUUACAAUUAAAAUUCAGUUACUCAUUUGCACUAGACAAUAAAAAUCCAUAUUAGACACUGAGGAUCAUAAAACAUUUCAAUCAUCAGAGGAAGUUCUAUUUUCCAUCAAUUCUUUGAACUUGGUAUUCUCAUUUUACAGAUGAGAGAACUAAAACUAAGGUUCAGAGUUAUUAGGCAAAUUGCUCAUUCAUAUACCUGGGAAACAGUCAAAUCCUGCUUCGAACACAGUUCCAGUGGUGCGAAGGCUGAGUAUUUAGCUGCUCACAACUGAGUCUCCUUUCCUGGUCCUGUUACAGUUUCAGCACUAGGUGUCCAUUCUGAUCAUCAGCUAACUGCAGACUGCCCUGUCCAGUCCCUCAGCCAAUGAGAACCCAGUCUGGCAAGAUGUUGGCCUUUCCCAUGCAUAAUUAAGUGAAGCUUAAAAAUAGUACACUCCAAGGGGUACGACAUUCUCGUUAUCUAAAUGUUCUGAGGUAGACAGAGCCCUAAACCCAUAGCAACCUCCCCAUUCAGUGUCCAAUCUUUCAUCUGCCCUUUAUAUGUCAGUCUCUGUAUAUUGUAUCUCUACAGUUCCCCCUAAAAUUGGGCAAGGCAGGGAUCUGAAAGAGCCUCAUGUGGAUGCUGGUACUCAUACUAGUAUGCUGAUGCUCAUACUACCAGUCUCCAGGAUUUCAAAGUUCACCCUCUACCCUGUGACCCUGGAUGGGAUUCACACAAUGGAAUAUUAUUUAGCCAUAGAAAGAAAUGAAGUUUUGAUACAUGUUAUGGCAUGAAUGAAUGUUGAAAACAUUUUUUAUUUUAAACUGAAUGACAGUAAAGACUCUACGAGCUAAAGGUGUAAGGUUUUAAACAUUUUCUAUCUUAAUAUGAUAGUUUAUUUCUUCUAUUUAGCUGUUUUAUUAUGUUUUAGUUAGGUUAGUUGUUUUUAGGAAGACAACUCAGGAGCGGGGUGAUUAAAUGUGAGUCCAGGCCAUGACCCUUGGACUUUUGACCUCACAUUCAGAUUGCUACCUUUAUCUUCCUAUAAACCACCCUCUACACUCCUAGCAAGUAAAAUCAAUCCCUCUGUUUUGGGUACUUUGCCCAGCCUCUCUAUGCCAACUCAAAUUAGCCUUCCCCCUUAUCCUCUUCUCUCUAGUCUUUCUGAAGCUGGUGGCUGUUGUUGUUGUAUGUGGUCGAGUCAUUUCAGACUCAUAGCAACCCGAUAGGACAGAAUCGCCCCAUAGCCUAUAAUCUUUAUGGGGAGGAACCCUGGUGUUACAGUAGUUAAGCCCCGGCUGCUAACCUCAAGGUCAGGGGUUCCAUCCCACCAGUCACUCAGAGAGAGAACAAUGUGGCAGUCUGCUUCUGUAAAGAUUUAUACCCUUGGAAACUCUAUGGGGCAGCUCUACCAUGUCCUAUAGGGUUGCUUUAAAUCAGAAUCAACUCAACAGCAACCGGUUUGUUUUUUUGUUUUGUUUUGGUUUGGUUUGGUUUAAUCUUUAUGGAAGCAGAUCGAUAGGCCUCUUCUCCUGCAGAGCACCGGAAGAUUCAAACUGCCAACCUCUGGGUUAGCAGCCAAGCACUUAGCCAUUGUAUCACCAGGGCUCCUUAACUGGUGAUUAACAUAUUAUAUUCAGGAUCAUUUCCAUUUCAAUAGAGAAUUACAAUAAUUCACUUAGACUUUGGGACCCUCCUGAUACAUCAAGUCUGAAUACAGGGUACACACUCUGUGCUUUGUCAAACCUGAGCAAUAACUAUAGACCCUUGUGGAGGAAGUCCGGGCCUAAAAUAUUAAUGAAAAUUAAAGUGCAGGUUGUGAUGGUUAAUUAUAUAUGUCAACUUGGCUAGGCUAUGGUGUCCAGUUUUUGAUCAAACACUAGACUCUGUAAUGAAGUAAUUAUAUGUGAUUAAAUCAGUUCGCCUUCAAUAAAGCAGAUUACCCUCUAUAAUGUGAGUCGGGCUCAGCCAAUCAGUUGAAGGUGUUAAGAGCAAAAAGGGAGGUUUCCCUAGGGUGUUCUCUGCCUCCAGACUAUAAACAGACAUUUUGCCAGGACUCCUUCACUCUUCACUCUUCCUGUCCCUAGCCUGUCACCUGAGCUACACAUUUUGAACUUGCCAGCCUCCCACAAUCACUUGAGUCAAUUCCUUAAGAUAUAGAUAGAUAGACAGACAGACACAGACAUUUAUAGAUUUAUAGAGAUAUACAUAUCACUAGUUCUGUUUCUCUAGAGAACCCUAAAGCACAAGUGUAGAGAUGCAAGAAUUAAAUUAGUGCAACAAAAUAUCCAUAUGAUGAUACUAUGUAAAACAAUUUAAAAAAUUCAUAUUCCUUAGCAAUGUUAAAAGGAGAUUUGGUGUGACUGAAUGGUCUUGGUGAAGGGCCAAUAGAUGUAUAACUUUUUUAAAAUAACAUAUACUAAUUCCAACUUAAAUCCAGUGUUGUAAGAAAUAAUAGCUCACUUUAGGAUUAGAAAUACACCAAAGAAAUAGGAAAGAGAAAGCAGAUGGAAAUUUCUGAGAUGUAAAUUAAAAUAAGAUAUGAGAUGUUUUAGGUACCUCUACUCUAUCCUUGUCUCACAUAUAUAAAAAUAGUGGUACAAUUGAGGCUUUUAGAUGCACUGAGAUUUGCCACAGAAUCCAGUAGGUUUAAAAGUUAACAAUUUGUGAAGAGGACCAGGUCUUCUACUAGUAACAUUAAUAACUUCGUUCAUCUUCAGAGAAGAGGCCAGGUGUCUCUGAGUGCAAAAAAUACAAUCAUGUGUAAUAGUGAAUAGCAUCUUGAGAUCUGAAACAUUGUCUAGAGUAGCCCUUCACCCUAAGGAGAAGAGGAUCACCUGCUGGACUUCAGGUGACCUACAAAUAGCCACAUUUCAUCACACUGUCAACCAAAAUGGGGCUCGCCCACCAAAGAGUGUCCAGAAGUACUUCCUUUAUGGUCUGAAAAAUCUAAUUGGGAAAAGUAUAAGAAAUAGAUACAGACAUUUAGAGAAUAAAAAAAAAUACAACACAAAAUCAAUAUUGUACAGACUCCAUUAUCAGACUAAAACUCAGUAGAAUUAAAAAUCAAUAACAAAAAGAUAUCCCCAAAAUACUGCUGUUUAGAAAUUUUAAAAACACAUUUUUAAAUAAUACAUGAGACAAAGUUCCUAAAUCAUUAUAGGAACUAGACCAUAUUUUAAACUGAACGACAAUGAAGAGUCUACAAGUCAAAGCUUGUAGAUCCAGCCCAAACAGUACUUAGAAGGAAGUUUGCAGCAUUACAUUCAUACAUUAGUGGGGGUGGAGGGGAGAAAGAUUAAAAUUAAGUCUGCAACUAGUCUCAAAAAAAACGGAGAAAGUAGAAGGAAGGAAAUAA